CCAGAAAGCCCCAGAUUCCCCUCCGGGCGCGCGCACGGAAACGCUCCGCCUCCCGCGGAAGCCCUGGCCAACCAGGAGCCUGCUGGGCGGGGCUCCCGGCUGUACACAGCCACCACGUGCAGCUGGGGUGGGGACUGGCAGCCGCCAAGCAUCCGAGGAGGCAGAGUCAGCAGCGGCGACGUCGAGAACCUUGGCUCGAGGUUCUUCGAGCAAGGAGUGGGUGGGUGGCCGUCGGGAGGAACUCGGCAAUCCUUUCCACUUGCUCCAUCGCCCCUUCUCUCCUCCUCCGCUCUCUUUCUCGGGGAUCUUAACAAAAUAAAACGUCGCUCCCGCCGUUGCAAAGUUAGAUCUAUACCGAUGAGAAGUUAGCUGUAGCAAGCGAGCAAGGUUGCCAGCCACCUGGCUGGAGGGUCCAUCCUCUCGCUGUCUCCCCCGCUGCAGAUGGAGGCGACCGAAUACUUGGUCGCUGCUGCUGCUGCUGCUGCGACUGCAGCACCGGCGAUUCUCUUCUUUUCCUGGUGACGGAAGCAAACGGACUGAAUCUGGGCUGGGGGUGGUGGGUGGAGUAAUCGUUGAGAUUCAGAGGAAAUCAGCCGCGCUGGUUGGAUCAAACAGCAUAGCCGACCUUAGCAAAACACACAUACACACACGGCUGCGCAAGGUUGGUUGGCUGCCCUGGAUCAUCCUUGCAGAGAUUCUGGUUUCUCUCGCUCACCUUCCGAAAACCCGGCACUUGCUGCGGGAUCCGAAAAAAACGGCUUCCAUGGCGUCUAUACGGUUGAAGUUGGCGUGCAGGCGUGUUUUGUAAUCUGCGGCUGCCACCAUCCAACGCGACGAAACGGACUGCAGGGCGUUGGGAAAAACAAAGCAAGAAAACCGGACCUUCUCCAGGAAAUCCCAGGCUUGUUUGAUGCCCUCAUCUUGGUUUGGAAAGGCUGCAGCUCCUUCUCUUUUCUGCCAAUAGAACAAAAGAUGACUUCUGCUCACAAUGUCAUGUUCUGGGAUGCUCCUUCCUUGCUUUUCUAGCAAAAACUGGACGGGGGACAAGACCAUCUAUAUUUGCAGCACAAUGUAGACAUUUCUCUGGAGCAAGAACUUGGGAUCUUCCAGUGCAUUGUCCUGCCUUCUGGCAGAACCAUCCCCUACUUGUGUACCUCUCUCUCUCUCUCUCUCUCUCUCUCACACACACACACACACACACACACACACACACACACACACAUACACCCUUUUCAAGCACUGGAAGAGGGGGAACAAGCUAAGUGGCAAGCACAACUCCUCCUCUUGAUGCAUUGUUGUGACUGGGAAAAUUCAGACACUAUCCAGAAAUUCUGCCGAGGUUGACCCAAGGCUUUGGACCAAGACAGUUCUGGCCACCUAAACUGUGGCUUACAGCCUUAUGGAAGACCUGGGCAAGUCCACGCUGUGGCUGCAGGCCGAGCUGGCCUCUCCUUCUCCGUGCUUGCAUAUCCUUGAUUGCCGCAGCCGAGACCUAUAUGAUUCAUCCCAUGUGGAGCGGGCCCUGAGCGUAGCCCUCCCAGGACUACUUCUGCGCCGCCUUCGGAAGGGGAGCCUGGCAGUCCGGUCCUUGCUGCCUGAGCCCCCUCAGGGGCUCUGUGAGAACAUGGUUUUGCUGUAUGAUGAGGGGACAAUCCAGCUCCCUCGGCCAGACAACCAGGAGGAAGAAGAAUCGGUGCUGCUCACACUCUUGCAGAAGCUCCGAGAUGAGGGCUGCCUGGCCUACUACUUGCAGGGAGGCUUCAAUAAAUUCCAGGCUGAAUGGCCCCAUCUCUGUGAAACCAACCUGGAUACAGCCAGUACCAGCAGCUCUCCUGUUCCCCCUGCGGCUCCCAUCGUGGGGCUGGGAGGCCUUAGCCUAAGUUCAGAUGGCUCCGAUGCUGAGUCAGAGCCCCUCAGCAGCGGCAUGGAGUCUGAAGGCGCGAGUCCCCCCUCCUUUCCUGUGCAGAUCCUACCCAAUCUCUAUCUGGGAUGUGCCCGAGACUCUGCCAACAUGGACACUCUGGCCAAACUGGGAAUCCACUACAUCCUCAAUGUGACUCCGAACCUCCCAAACCUCUUUGAGAAGAAUGGUGACUUCCAAUACAAACAAAUUCCCAUCUCGGAUCACUGGAGCCAGAACCUUUCUCAGUUCUUCCCUGAAGCUAUUGAUUUCAUUGAUGAGGCCCUUUCUAGGAAUUGCGGCAUUCUGGUGCACUGCUUGGCAGGGAUCAGUCGCUCAGUCACCGUCACUGUAGCCUACCUCAUGCAGAAGCUCAACCUGUCUCUCAACGACGCCUAUGACCUAGUGAAGCGAAAGAAGUCCAACAUCUCACCUAACUUCAAUUUCAUGGGGCAGCUGCUGGAUUUUGAGAAGUCCCUGGGGCUUAACCAGGGCAGUCGGCGGCCAGCCUCAGACCAGACCUGCUUCUUCACCUCACCAACCCAUGACAGUGUCUUUGAGCUGGAUCCUACGUAGGAACCAGAAGGGUGCUACGUUUGUGUCAUGGCCACCAACACCUCCUGUUCUUGGUUCUAUCUGCCUGUCCUGGUGGCAGAGGCUGCUGGGACCAACGGAAUACCUCACGCUAGAGAGGGAGGUGCCUCUUUCAGGAACAACUGCUACUUCCAGCAAAGGUUCUCAUUGCCUUUUGGGUUUUCUGAAAUAUCAACAGCAAUGGUGUCCUUACUGAUCUCACAGUGAGACUGACAGGGCCACACCAAUAACCAAAGACUCUUUCUCCUCCUCCCUUUCUCCCAAGAGCCCUGUACAGACCAAGAAACCAACACUUUUCGGGGGGGGGGGACGCUAUUUCUGGAAUGUUGGAUCUGGGCAUUAUAGCAUCUUGAACUUCAUCCAGAUCACCCUCUUUUAAAAUUUAAAUAUUUCAAAUGGAAAAUGUCAGGGCUGGAACCUGCCAAUUAUUAAUGAUGCUGAUCACAUAUUGAAGGUUUUGUGGUCUCCUUGUGUUUCUCCUCCAGCCAUUAUGCAGAAAUUAGGCAGAGACCCGCAGUCUCUCAUAAGAAUCUUCUGCAGGCAGGACUUUUGGCAGAUAAUAGUGCAUUCACCAGCUGAUAUGUUAAGUUCCCACUCCCAAUACCUCCAGUGAACAUGGCCAGAUGAUGACCUCUGGUGUGCUCUUAACUAAUGAAGGCUUCUCUAGAAUCAUUUCUUUCUGUCUGAGAAGUGAGAUGCAGGAACAUAAUUCUAACAUGGUUAUCCUGGAAUGACUAAAAAUAUCUUAUAGAAAAUUUAAUGCAGAGUCCUGAUUUUAGAAAUGAGACCACAGAACUUCCCAGAUCUCUCUUGUUAAGACCAGGAUGAAUCAUAGAAUUGAAGAAUCAGUGUAGCAACUUAUACAAACAUAACUUCUGGAGAUAUUUUAAAGAACCUAGAUCCUGUGGUAUAGGAACUGCAGAAAUGGGUUUGAGAAUCUGCAGCUUUUACAUUUUUUUAUGCUAGGCAUUUAUAUCACCAGAACAGACUGCAAAAGUUCCAGUUGUGGGACUCUUUAAAAUCUCCAGAGCUGUAUUCCAGGUCCAGAAUUGGAGCAGGUUCAAACGUUUGUAUGAUAACCGUAACUUUCCCAUUAUUUCCAAAGCUGUAAGUGUUCUCAUCCCUAAAGCACCUCAUUCAACCCCCUGCGGUUCGUUCAGGAUUUAGGCAGAGGGAAAUAAAAAUGGUGGGGGAGAAGCUUUGGAACAGAAUCACAGUGGGAAGACAUAAGUAUUAGAAGCAGAAAUAUUGGUGUUACACAACCCAGUCCUUGGCUGUGGGAGAAAAUAGAGCAGCUCUGCAUUUUGUAUCUGUACUUGUACAAAUGAUGAGUUGUAUGUGUGCCUUAAUGCUUGCAUGAAAGCAAAAAGACCUGUGGAUGUGUGUACUAGGCAUUGUUUGCGUAGUACCUGCCUGCAAGGGUUAAUGUGUGCCCACGUUUUAUUCCCCAAAUUUCAGUCAGGACCUUUUCAGUAUUUUUGAGCUCAAUUUCAGGAUCCUAUGAGUUCAUAAUAAAAAGAUAAAACCUCUUGAGCAUUGUAGGUGGAAAAAAAUGUGUUACAGAUGUGUUUCUUAACAGAGUUUAUUAGGAAGAAAACUGCAGACUUGGUGAUUUCAAAAUUUUCAAUAAUUAUCUAAAAUUAUUAACCGCUAUGUGUACAUGAUAUGGUCCUUGUGGGCAUGCUUAAAAGAUGUCCAAGGUGUUCUAGUGAUCUGCAUUUUUUAUUUUAGCUCUGUUUAGGCACCCUGCCUAGUAGUCCACAGGAAUCCAGAAGAACAUUUUGUCUGCAAAAUUAACAUUUUCUCAAUGUUUUACUUCCUUUUUCAGGAUUUUUCUGGCCUUUGAGGCUAUGAAGAUAUAUGCCUAGGGGCAAUGCUUGCUGAAAUAAUUUGAAAUUGCUGUUAAGUGAGAUUGGGAAAUGUGGGGUUUCAGUGCCCUGCAACACCUUACAGGUUUUUCCCUCCGAUGAAAAUAAAUUAGAAUAAAUUAUGCAAAACAGUCAAACUGGCCAACUAUUAUGCAAAAUGACUCUUAUGCAAAUCUGACCAACUAGCACAAUUCCAGGGGGUUGCAGUAUUCAGGUUUGCUUACAGUUUUGGUUUGCCUGAACCAUGAACUUUUAUGUUAACUGUCCAUGCAGGUAACACAUAGCUCUGGCUUCCUGCAUGCUCCAAAAAGUCAGCUUGAGUCUCUGUCCGAGGUCUCUGUUUUCAAGUGAAUGUAAAUGACUGGAGAUAGAAGGGAGGGGGGUGGAACUGCCAUUACCAUGGACAACAACAACAGUUAUUUUAAUAAAGCAGGACUUUAAACAACA